GGCUUCCACCUGUUCCUCCGCUUCCUCCUCCACCGCUCCCUGCCCGGCCGCUCCCGCUCCCGCUCCCGCUCCCGCGAUGAAUCUGGCUCCGGGCAACCAGACCGACGUGGCGGGGCUGCUCGUGGCCAACAGCAGCGAGGCCCUGGGGCGCGCCCUGCGCUGCUGCACCAGCCAGGCGUCCGUGGUGAGCGACGACGGCUUCGGCGAGGGCGGCCCCGACGAGCGCAGCCUGUACAUCAUGCGCGUGGUGCAGAUCGCCGUCAUGUGCGUGCUCUCGCUCACCGUGGUCUUCGGCAUCUUCUUCCUCGGCUGCAACCUGCUCAUCAAGUCCGAGGGCAUGAUCAACUUCCUGGUCAAGGACCGGAGGCCGUCCAAGGAGGUGGAGGCGGUGGUCGUGGGACCCUAUUGAAGCGGCCCCAUCCCUCCCUCCAGCCUACUGGGGUCUCCGGCUGCGCACCCCGCCCUCCCCCCCUUUUUUUUUUCCUACUCACCUCCCCGCCCCCCCAACCCUCGAGAUGGGAUGGGAGGACUGAAGCAAGACCCCGUGUGUCUGGCUGUCUGGCUGUCUCUCUGUCGGAGCGCUCCUCUCUCUCUCUCCACUUCUGCCUUCGGAGAUGCUGAGAAAGAGUUCUCGCUCGCCCACUUUGCAGCGCCCUCCCCCCCCCCCACACACACACUGUGUCUGACUGUGGGCAGGGGGAGCCCCCCGACUCUGGACUCGCCGCCGGCAGGUGACUUUGCGAGCAGGACUUUGCAAGCAGCUGCUGCUGGCGGGGGAUGCGGGCAGCUGGACGGGCCCACAGACUUUGUCUGCUAGCAGGUGGGCCAAACAGGGCGCAGGGCAAGGGGAAGGCAGGGAAGCGCCCCCGCGGCCUCCGGGGCUCCGGGGCCAGCAGCAGAAGGGACCCGUGUGCGGUGGACCUCGUGGACGCUUCGCGGAGCCGUGUCGGGGUUCGCACCCACUUGCUCGGGUUUCCCUCCAGCCCUGGGGGAUGGGGGAUGGGGGAUGGGGGUGGUCAAUACCUGCGAUUAUAACCUUAAGGUGUGUGUGUGUGUGUGUGUGUGUGUGUGUGUGUGUGUGUGUG